CCUAUGGAGGCGGCCUUGAAUUAUUUAUUAACUCAGCAGAAUUCACUACCUCCAGGCGUGACAACCCUAGAACAGUUCAGAUGCGUCUUGGAAGAACUAUGGUUUCGAAACAGUGAUGGCUUCAAAAACGUUUUUGUUGGUGAAAAAAACGCCCACGAUUAUACUGGAUUUCACAACUGGUACCAGUUCCUCCUUGAACAGCAAAGAAACCCACCACAGACGACGAACAUCUGUUUUAAACAGCCUCCACAACUGCCGGGUUUCGUUGAAAACAGACUGCCAUACUUUUUGCGUGACCUCUCAUUCACAUGGAGAGGGGUUACCAAAGUACCAGCGGGCAGCAGCAGCAGCAUGUUCGUUGGAACUAGCCCAGAUUUUGAUUUGGCUAUGUUUACUACUUGUGUUUUAAUGGGACGUCAAGGGGGAGGAGUUGUACAGGGAAACCGACGAAGAACAGACUGUAGGUGCAACAUCCAGACUGCGGUUCCAUACGUGCAGGCCGCAGGGUUACCGCCGAGCCAGGUAGAAUUUAGGACCGUCGAAGACACACAGAAUAUGAGGGUCGUCACCGCCUAUCCAACAAAUGUCCAGUAGACGAAAGAUUACCGUUU